AUGAAGGUCGCCUCCUUAGCCCUCGUAACAUUGCUCCUGUUGGCUCUCUGGAUGGAAGCCCACUCAUUCAGCUUUGAUAGGAAACACAACACAUGCUGUUAUGCAAACAAUUUUGUCAGAAAACCGAUCUCCCCGCAACUGAUCCGGAGCGACAGACCCACAGAUCAUAGAUGCUCCCGCCAGGCCGUGAUUGUGGUGCUGCGGAGGGGGAAGGAAGUCUGUGUCGAUCCCAGUGAGGAAUGGUUCAAGACGUACAAAGAAAACCAGAAAAACUUCUUAAAGAAACUUGGCCUGUCGGUCUGA